UACCUCACGGCUGAUGCAAUUCAGGAACUCAGUAAACAUGAAGACAAAGACACUAGUAUUCAUAAAAGACUUUCGUGGAACUGUGGAACCAAAGAUGAAGAACUCAGGCAAAAUACAUUGAAAAACAAAGUGCAAAGUACUGACUCUAUAAGGAGCAUACAUAGUUCUAGUGGCGUAAGUUCCACUGGGUCUCUGCAUUUAAGUCCUGAUGCGGACAUUAUUGAGGAUAUCUACCACAAUAACAAUGACAUUAGCACUAUUCAUGAGUCCAGCUGCAAUGAAGAGGAGAAUAUCAAUGAGAAAGAUAGACACAAAUCUAAAUCUACCACAGAUAUUUCUAAGUUAUUUGAGGACCUUCAUACGAGUGAGGUGAAGGAUGGGAUUUCGUCUGUGGACAUUCCCACUAACCUGGAGAAGAGAAAAUAUAGUCAUGCUCAAAUCAUGAAGAUAAAGAAGCAGCUUCUACUCAGCUCAAAUGUUGAAGCAAGUGAAGUCUAAAAAGUGGCCAAAAGUCUACAGCAAACCUCAGUGCUACAAUCAACUCUAUAUCAGGCAAAAUAUGGCCCAUAAAAUCCAUUCCUUAAGCAAAUCCAAGUUCUAUUAGCCUGCCUGCAACACUCAAGAUACUAUGUUAAGCAUAAAUCCAGACAAUAUUUUGUGCAAACUCCAAAUAAUGUGCUGUGCAAAUCCUAGAAAAUGUGCAGUACGUACUUCAUGCUCCAGACAAUGUGCUGUGCCACACUGAUAUGCACUUUGCGAUUGCACAAAUCAGUUUCCAUUUACUGUACAUUGUCGAAAUCAUGACAUAUCAAUCUAUGGUAUUCAUUCCAGUGACUUGAAUUGCAUGCCAUGACAAUUGUUGCCAUGACAACACAAAAUGGCCAAGAUUGUGAUAUUUGAGUGCUCUUACAUUUUCAUGAUUGUCUUACAAAAUGAACAUAAAUUGUGAUAAUGUGCUACAUAUACGUAUACAUGUAUUGGUUUUUAAAAUUUUAAUUUUGUUAGAUUUUACUUCAUUUAUGAAUUAUUUCUAAACAAAACUAAACUGCAUUAUGUAUUAUUAGUUUGUGGUAUAUUUUGGUAUAUGUACAUUCACAAACUUGUUGAGAAAGAUCUGUUGUUAAACAUAUCUAUUAUAAUAUUGUGCAAUUUCUUUAUUAAUAUUUCUUUUUUAUCUAAACAGAGGUCUGGUAUCUCAGAAUUGAAUGUAUUCAAAUAUGUUCAUUGACCUAGUGACCUAUUAAAAAACUAAACCAUGUCACAGUAAGGCCCUUUACUUUUUAGUGUACAUGUGAUAAUAUAUUGAAUAUAUAUACAAUUAUGUAUGCUCAAUGCUACUACCCUUUCCUGCAAUAUAUAUUAAUUACAUAUUACUUUCUAUAUACAAUUAAACUUGCAAUGAUGAAUUAUCUGUCUCCCUUUUUAAAAAUAUUUUUGUGAUUUUUUUUUUUUUACUUUUAGAUAUGCUAUUGAUAUUUUCUCUUACUCUUUUCAGAUAUAUUGGAUUAUAAAUGCAAAACUCAUAUAUAGAUUGAAUUUAAAUUUUUUUCUAUGUAAAAAAAAUCUUGAUUAAUUUUAGAAAUAAUUAGACUCGCUGCAGUACAGUAAUAUUAAAAUGUCAGGAGAUGAAAGAAAGAAAAGUUAGGAGAGAGAUGUAACAAGUGUUCAUUUUUAUGCAAUGGAAGGAAGUUCCCUGGAUUUAUUUUGACAUAAUGUGACUAUUCCACUAUUAAUAAUGGCAUACUAGUGUUGACCCAUCAGAUUUUGACCUGGUUAAUUAGGUCAUGGUUGGGCCAGGUUUUUUAGCUUUGGACAGUGCCUGUCCCAAGAUAAAUGUAACGGCCCACUCUAUUUAUUAUAUGUACCCGAUUGUUCCAUAUCAUGUAUACUUUGAAAAUCAAUUUUUUUGUUACAAAAAAUAAAAAAAUAUGAUAAGUUUAAAACAUGA